CGCCUGGUCUGUGGAAAAUCUUACUGGAUCAAGCAAGGCAUUCCUGGACCAAAGCCAAAUGUUUUCACGGGGAACGCUACAGAUUAUGAAAAAGGAUUGCACACAAUAGAUGAGAAGUGGAUCGCAGAAUAUGGAAGCACCUAUGGUAUGUUCCUGAUGUCUUCACCUGAGUUGGUUUCGAUUGAUCUGGAUAUUCUUAGACAAGUCCUCGUGAGAAACUUCGACUGCUUCACGGACCGAACUAAUCUCCUGAACGUUGAUCCUACUGAUCAGACAUCAUUACUGGCUACUUCGCUGGUCUCAUUGAAAGGACUGCAUUGGUUCAAUGUUCGUAGUCUUGUGGCACCUGCGUUCUCCACUGGAAAAAUCAGACUGGUUCGACUUGCUAUUCGACUUGAGUGUAUUAUUAGCAGCAGAGCUUCGCCGUAUUGCAGCACUGGACUAUUUCAGAUGGUGCCAAUUUUCAAUGAGUGUUCAAAAAUCUGUAUAGCAAUAAUUGAGAAAUACGCACUGGAUGGCAGACCGGUGCCUAUAAAAGAUGUCAUUACUCGACUCACGCUGGAUAUGACGGCCAGAUGUGCAUUCGGUUACGAUUUCAACGUGCAGCACAACACAGAGUCGCCAUUUAUCAAAUUCGCUCAAAAAUUCUCUGAAAUGGAUCUCCGCUCUCCAGAGAUAGCACUAGUUAUUCUCUUUCCUAACAUUUGUGCCGUAUUUCAAAGAAUGACUGGCAUCUCUAUCCUCAAUCAUGCGGCUAAUAAAUUUUUCCUCGAUGUCCUAGAGAAAUUAUUCAACGACAGGCAGAAAGGCAAUAAAUCGAAGUACAACGACUUCUUCCAAAUACUACUGAGCUCGUUCCGAGAGAGUAGCAGCAAUAGAGAAAAGGAUAGCGAAAUUGAGUUCGAUCUUGGCAGUAGUACCAAGAGUCUCAGCAAAGGCGACAUCCUUGGGCAGGCGUUCAUGUUUGUUCUAGCUGGAUUUGAGACCACUCCGGCUGCACUUCACCUCACUAUUUACAUGCUUGCUGCCCAUGAGGCUUACCAAAAACGUUGCAGAGAGGAGAUUGAACAUAUAUGUGGAACAGAGAGCGAUAUCACCUACGCAAUGUUGAGCGAGAUGAAAUAUGUGGAUCAGUGCAUAUCUGAAACAUUACGUAUGUACCCACCAGUUGUUAGGACAAAUCGCCUGUGCACAAAAGAAGUAACAAUCAAAGGAAUUGAGAUGAAGAAAGGAUGUGUUUUCACUGUUCCCAUAAGAGCAAUUCACUACUGCAAGGACUUCUAUCCAGCUCCCAAUUUAUUCGACCCGGACAGAUGGUCUAGCAGCAAUCGUGCUAGUCGAGAUCCAUUGACAUACGUACCCUUCGGCUAUGGUCCAAGAAAUUGCAUCGGCAUGCGUGUAGCCCAGAUGCAGAUGAAAAUGGCAUUGGCCCAUAUAUUGAGGACUUAUGAAGUGCGACCAGGCGAAAUU